GGAAUGCGAAGAAACAUAAUCGGCCUGCGGCGGACACUAAAAUAAGCGAUGACACGAUCAACCCCACCCCACCACUACAUCAACCCCUCGUGCCGCACCACACAUUCCGAACCAUCACCAGAAUGUCUCUUGAAAGCUGCGAGGUAGUCUCCCGUGAGCCGUUGAUGCUCCGGGAUGCGAAAUGGGUCAAGCUCGUCAAAACCGUCUACACUGACCCGCACUCCACCACGCGCGACUGGGAGUCCGCUGAGCGAUGCACACGUCCUGUAGGUGUCAACUACGAUGGCGUCGGUAUCGUCGCGAUUCUUGAGCGCCCCGGUUCCUCUCCCGAGCUUCUCUUGCAGAAACAAUUUCGUCCGCCAAUCGGCAAGAUCACUAUCGAAGUCCCCGCUGGUCUCGUCGACGCCAAUGAGACGGCCGAAGAGUGCGCACUCCGAGAGCUCUACGAGGAGACGGGGUAUCGCGGCGAGAUCGCGGAACAGGACAAGAGCUGCCUCAUGUUCAACGACCCUGGAAUGUGCAAUACCAAUUUGCACAUGGUCCACGUCAAGAUUGAUUUGGACAAGGAGGAAAACAAGAACCCGAAGCCGCAGCUAGAGGACAAUGAGUUUAUUGAGUGCUUCACGGUGCCACUGAAGGAUCUCUACACCGAAUGUAGGCGGUUGGAGAAGGAUGGGUAUGCUAUCGAUGCAAGGGUGGGAACGUUGGCGGAGGGAUUCGAAAUUGCGAGGAAGUGGAAGUUUUUGCAGUGAUGGAGCAUGGGAAAUGGGUGUCAUAUCGGCUCUUCGUUCAUAGAGAAUCAUAGAUCUCUGUACCAAUUAAGAGACGUUUACACCAAUCUUCUAAAUUUCUAAAGCCAG